AUGGCCCACGUGUCCCCAAGGCCACCCCCAGGCCACUGUCCCCACGGUGGUGACAACGCCACCGUCCUCAUGGCCAUCGUCUCCAUGGUGGUGGCAUUGUCACCGAGGCCACAGUGUCCCCAGCAUGCCAUGCCCAAGGCCCCAUCCCUGUGUGGUGACAGUGCCACCGUCCCCGCGGCGGUGACGCUGCCACCGCGCUGUCCCCAGGCGGAUUUCCCCACCACGGUGGGGCUGCUGUCCCCGGACGAGGUGUCCCUGGAGCUGGACGGUGACAAGGACAAGAAGGGCGGCAAGGUCUACUACAUCGACACCAACGCGCUGCACGUGGCCCGCGAGGGCGUCGAGGUCCUGUCCCCGCUCAAGAACGGCAUGAUCGAGGACUGGGAGUGCUUCCAGGCCAUCCUGGACCACACCUACGGCAAGCACGUCAAGUCGGAGCCGGGGCUGCACCCGGUGCUCAUGUCCGAGGCGCCGUGGAACACGCGGGCCAAGCGGGAGAAGCUGACGGAGCUGAUGUUCGAGCACUACAACAUCCCGGCCUUCUUCCUCUGCAAGACGGCCGUGCUCACCGCGUAUCCUGGCACGGGCGCCGGGGCACCGGGGCACCGGGGGGGCACCGGGGAGUCACCUCUGGGUCACC